GUGAGCGCCGGGCAGGUCACGUGAGGCGCUGGGGGGGUUGUUCACCCGUCUUGUCUGUCGCCGCCAUGUCGUCUUUUCCCGAGUUGUAUUUCAACGUGGAUAACGGUUACCUGGAAGGGUUGGUACGUGGUUUUAAGGCGGGAGUGCUCCGGCAAGGUGACUACGUGAACCUGGUGCAGUGUGAGAGCCUAGAGGACUUGAAACUGCACCUCCAGAGCACAGACUAUGGAAACUUCCUGGCCAACGAAGCCUCCCCACUCACUGUCUCAGUCAUAGAUGACAAGCUGAAGGAGAAGAUGGUGGUGGAGUUUCGUCACAUGAGGAACCAUGCAUAUGAACCCCUAGCAAGUUUUCUGGACUUUAUCACGUACAGCUACAUGAUUGACAAUGUUAUUCUGCUGAUCACUGGGACUCUGCACCAGCGUUCGAUCUCUGAACUGGUGCCCAAGUGCCAUCCUUUGGGGAGUUUCGAGCAGAUGGAAGCUGUGAACAUUGCUCAGACGCCUGCGGAGCUCUACAAUGCAAUCCUGGUGGACACUCCCCUGGCUGCUUUCUUCCAAGACUGCAUAUCUGAACAGGACCUGGAUGAAAUGAACAUUGAAAUAAUUCGAAACACACUGUAUAAGGCUUACCUGGAGUCCUUCUACAAGUUCUGCAAGGUGCUGGGAGGUACCACAGCAGAUGCCAUGUGCCCAAUACUGGAGUUUGAAGCUGACCGGAGGGCCUUCAUUAUCACCAUCAACUCAUUUGGUACUGAGCUGUCCAAGGAGGACCGAGCAAAGCUGUUCCCACACUGUGGCAAGCUCUACCCUGAGGGCCUGGCUCAGCUGGCCAGAGCAGAUGACUACGAACAAGUCAAAAACGUUGCUGACUACUACCCUGAGUACAAGCUGCUGUUUGAAGGGGCUGGUAGCAAUCCUGGAGACAAGACCCUUGAAGACAGGUUCUUUGAGCAUGAGGUGAAGCUGAAUAAGCUGGCCUUCCUCAACCAGUUCCACUUUGGAGUCUUCUAUGCCUUUGUGAAGCUGAAGGAGCAGGAAUGUCGCAACAUUGUGUGGAUCGCAGAGUGCAUUGCCCAGCGGCACAGGACCAAGAUUGACAACUACAUUCCUAUCUUCUAACCCUGCUCUGUUCCUGUCUGACCUUCCUGCCCCUGGAGUCCGGAGGGACCCCUAUCUAACUAACACCCUGAGUUAUCCCUUCUCCAGACUCCAGGGAUGUCCCGUCUGUGGAACUGGCUCAGAUGAGGAAAUUGUACAGUUGCUAGUUAAAUUAUUCACAAGCUGAAGUUUGAGUUGUGUGUACUGUGAGGCAUCUGGAGGGACCAGCGGCACAGGCUUGGCCCUGUGUAUCAGGAGGGACACCUCCUGUUGUGUAUCUAAUAGUCCCUGUGUUACUGUACUAAUCUGCUGUAUGCGCUUAUGCUCGUAGAGCAAGCACCAGCUGGGGGGUUGCUGCCUGUGAGGGGUUCCCAGCACUGCGGAGGAACACGUCAGGUCUGCCAUGGCUGGGGGAUCCUCUCUGUCAGUGCUCUGCACACCUCCUCGUUGGUGUUGUUCCUGUGAGAUUUAGUUUGACUAUCAUUUGUAGUGUAGCCCAUGCUGCUGUGCAAUCCCUGCAUCUCUCUGUAGCUAACCCUGACCUGGGAGAGACUGGGCAGCCCUGGCUGGGACAGGGACGGAGCCUGUGGGAACAGGAGGGCAGAGCCAGAGUGUGUGUGGAGCACACUCUUCCCUGCUCUGGCAGCAUUUGCACUAGCACAGCCUCCCCAUGUCCUUAGAAGCAGCUCUCAGGCUCCCUCCUGCCUUGCAGCUUGAAACUGCUCCAUAAGCUGGCUGAGCUCCUUCCUCCCCUGAAGACCCACGGCUUGGGGGUUUACAGUCACAACCGUGCAAGAGGCAGGAAGGUCCUGUGCUCUGUGGAAGGUGCUGGACCCCUGCACCACCCCAGAGCAGACAUCAAGGCUGGUGCAGGGUGUCCAAGCUGGCACUGCUGCGGAGCCGCGUGGGUACAGCUGGCUGUUGGGAAGAGCAGCCCUUGGGUCUGGCUCUACUUGGUCACCCUGAGGUGUGCAGAGGGCAGCUGCCGGCAGAGCAGCCGCCCCUCUGGGGUUAGGGGGUGAGAGCUAAGCCCUGGGCAUGGUGUGGCAGCCCUGUUCCUUGCUGCUCUGCAGCCAGGCUAGCUCCACUUGCUCUCAAGGUCUGGGAGAUGCCCUGCAGUAGUGUGGUAGCAAAGAAGCCUCACUGGUGGGAAACGCAUGCUCAGUGCUGCUGCUGCUGGGAGGGAUCGAUGGAGAGCAGCUCUGUCCCAGCUUGUGCUGUGGUCACCUCUGCAGUGUUUAUUAUCCUGUGAUCCCCUUCUCUCUACACCAAUAAAUAUCUGCCUACUGCA